ACUGUUUGUUAUUCGCGCUAACUUAGCAGUAGUCCGCUCAGGCCCAGUCAAAACAAUGCAGUUUAACUGGCCUGCAGCGUUCAGUUAGCUCUAAAUACACAACACACCACCGACUGCUAACUGUCGAAAAGUUGACUCGCUGCCUGGUGUUUGGUCUUGGUGAGGUGCAGGCGCGACUUCCCCGCGGUUCGUUUUGUCCACCGCCGCUUCUGCGCGCAGGCUUUUUCCCGUGGGUGUUUUUGUUUUGUUCUCGGUGCCUGUUGGAAAUGGAGACGGCUAAUGUGCGCCUGCUGCUAGGUAGCCUGAGAGCGGCGGCGGGGAGCGGCUGAAAUCACGAAAAGCGGUAAAAAUAAGGGAAGAUAGGCGUCGCAACGGAGUGGGCGUCGAAAUAAAGAACAGGGGCGGAUUAAAUAACCUCCUGGUCGGUCCACUGUUAGCAUGGUGGAGUAGGUGUGUGCGGUGUAGGCGCUAUCGGGCUACGGUUCGCUCUCACCGGGGAGGGUCGUCAUGGCCCCGGGCUCUCUUGUGGCGGCCUGCCGCAGCUUGGCCCUUUCUACGUGGCUGCUCUCCUUUUGCUUCGUCCACCUGCUGUGCCUGGACUUCACCGUGGCCGAACGGGAGGAGUGGUACACCGCCUUCGUCAACAUCACCUACGUGGACCCGGCGACCUCGGAGCUCCGCACCGAGAAGACGGAGUGCGGCCGCUACGGGGAGCACUCGCCGAAACGGGACGCCAAGGGGGUGGUGGUCCUCUCCGCCGCCCCGCACGACCGCCAGGCCUGCGACCCCAACACCCGGUUCGCGGUGCCCGCACAGGCCGGGGCCUGGAUAGCGCUGAUAGCCCCGGGAAACUGCACCUACAAGGACAAGAUCCGCCACGCCGCAGCCCACAACGCCUCGGCGGUGGUCAUCUUCAACGUGGGGUCAGCUAAUGCUAACGAAACCAUCACGAUGCCUCAUCCAGGUACAGGCGAGGUGGUCGCCAUCAUGAUCCCGGAGCCGAAAGGCCGCGAGGUGGCGUCGCUGUUGGAGCGUAACGUGACGGUCACCAUGACGAUCACCAUCGGGACGAGGAACCUGCAGAAAUACGUCAGCAGGACGUCUGUGGUGUUCGUGUCCAUCUCCUUCAUCGUGCUGAUGAUCAUCUCGCUCGCCUGGCUCGUCUUCUACUACAUCCAGAGGUUCAGAUACGCCAACGCACGAGACAGGAACCAGCGUCGGCUCGGCGAUGCGGCGAAGAAGGCCAUCAGUAAGCUGCAGGUUCGCACCAUCAGGAAGGGCGACCAGGAGACGGAGGCCGACUUCGACAACUGUGCCGUCUGCAUCGAGGGCUACAAGGCCAACGACGUGGUCCGCAUCCUGCCCUGCAGACAUUUAUUCCAUAAGAGCUGUGUGGACCCGUGGCUGCUGGAUCAUCGCACGUGUCCCAUGUGCAAGAUGAACAUCCUGAAAGCCCUGGGCAUCGCACUGAACGCGGACUGUCUGGACGACCUGCCGCUGGACUACGACCUGGCUCUGGGCGGCGUGGGUGGAGUGGGUGGGGUCGGCGCCUUGGCCCUGGAGGCCGUGGUGUCCGGGGCGUCCAGCGACGGCACGCUGAGCGAGGGCGGCUCCUCGGUGGUGCUGGACCCCGGCGUGCGACGGGUGGGGCUCCCACAGGACUACCAGGACCCCGACACCCUGAGAGACAGCCCUGUGACGGCCACCACCGACACACACACAGGUGAGCUACAGCCAAUGGCGAGCAGUGCCUCAGUGGCAUCCUUGGUCAUCACCGUGGAAACGGGUCUGUCAGACGAGGAGGGGUGCACGGAGCAGUCUCAGCUGGGGGACAAGUCCUGAGAGGAGCCGAGCAGAACCAAACCAGAACCCCUGGGCCAAAGCGGACUCGGAUCAGGUUCAGAUUUUUUUCAACAGACUUCAGACUGAAACCGGCUCUGAAUCAAACCUGACUGCACUCGUGAAACCUGGCUCUGAUGUUAACCGGUUCCGAGUAGAACCAGCACCAGCGCUUGACUGAAUUUUCCUCUUAGGGCCCGAGUGAGACAAAACUUUGAACCAAACUACACUUUGUUUUGACAGCUGAGCCGACUCUAAAUGUGUGUGCUGGUUCUACUCUGGACUCAGAGGAGACUGACUGGCCUGCUUUGGACAGGUUGGACCCAGGACCUGACCUGGGUUAACAUGGCUGUCAUCUAGUGUGGUUACUCCGGUCUUACCCUCGGCUCUCCUCGGUCUAACCAGCUGUUUCCAUCGUUAAACUGCCCGUGUUGUUGCGUCCUGCAGAUGUCUGAACGAACCCACAUUUGCCUCGGUUGAUGUUGUCUCCUGGUCCUCCCCGUCUGUCAUCACAUGGUGACAGAAAACAGUUCAAACAUAAAGUCAUUUCAGAUACGGUGGUACUCGUCGCGUCGUUCCUCUGCUGACACGAUGGAACUUUAGAGGGCAGAUGGGAUUCGAACAAACCGCAUUUUCAUACUGAGAGAACACGAGGAUGUUCUGAAAGUCGCCUGCCAAAAGAGGAUUCACUCUUUGAAGGUCGAUAUUCAGCUUCAAAACCUGAAAACCGGACAGUCUGUCUGUCCAAGCUGGGAAUCAGGAUUCACCUCCGCAUUUUCUACCCGUGCUGCUUCAGAACGGAGCGCUCUGGUCUCGGGACCCUUGUGGAUGACUCUGUUACCUGGUGGUCCAGGUAGACACACCAGCUGAACAAAAGUUGACGGGACACGGUGUCAGGGCUGCUGACUUGUCCUGGUUCAGACUGUUUCCUGGUUAAUUAAGCUCAUUUUCGUUUGCCUGCCAGGUGCUGUUCCUCGAUGUGCAUUUGGUGACUGACUUUCGUUUUGAAAAGAAGACAUUUAUUUUGAAAGGGCACACCAGCAGCUCUGGGCAGAGAAUUUGAUUUGGUUAUUUUUCUAGUGUUUUGCUCAAAGCAAAGCACCGGCAGUAUUACAGCUACAGUUUGACUGCAGUUUUGAAUAGCGAUUACACGCAGUAUUUUGUGUUUUUCUCUUUUUGCCUGUCUGGAAGCUCCUUUAUGAGAACUGCGAGAGUAUUUGGUUUGGAUGCUUUCUGUCCUCGGCUGUGGAUCCAAACCGGGUUCCUAAGUGUCGAGUGUUGGCAGGUCUGUACAGAAUACCGUGAGGUCUGAGAAAGGUUGACAGACUGUAGGAUUUCACCGCAACGACGGUCUGAAACGAGUGACAAAGCGCUCUGUCAUCGUGACGGAGGAGCGUUUUCAGCCGCGCUCCACCUGCUCCGCUGAAACACUUUCUCUGUUGAUGUCGUCAAGCCGUUCGUAAUGCCGGGCAGACGCUGCAUGUUUUUCUUGCUGUUGUUCCUCUUUAAUUAGCCUGUCUGGAACUUCGUCACUCACUCCGUCUGCUGAAGGUAACUGAAGCCCCCUCAGUAGGUUGUCCAGUCAAGCUUCCAGUGUCCUCGGCAUCUGCCGGGUUUCAGUCCAGACGUAGCCAAGGGAAGUCGCCGUCGAUGUUUACAUCCCAAACACGUAUUUAACACGUACAGAGAGUGUGUGGCUUUAGGUAGAAGAUGUAGAGAAGAUCUCCUCAUCAGUCUUCCAUCAUGGCCAAAUUGUAAUGUUUGCUAAGCGCUCUGUCUUAGUGUUGCCUCGUUUUGCUGUUUUAUCGUCUGUCCGCCUGCCGUCGCUCCUGCUGCCUUUUUAAAAACUCCUUCACCUUCCACCCUGACAAUCAAUGAUCCGGACGAUUUCACUGAACUUAACGAGCGUUUUUCAGACCUGCACAUCGGGACACUACAAACGGUGUUAGCUGCCAUCUCCAUUUCCAGAGAAGAUUAACACCAUCGAAACAAGCUGUGAAAGAUGAAGAAUCGCUGCCCAAGUUACAGAGUGGUCAGAGGACGUCAGACGAGCUGCAGGCAGACGGAGUUUACAAAGAAUCCAUCCCUGCUUUAGUGAGCGCAGUUCAGUGCAGUCAGGCAUGUAAAUAGAAAAUGCGUAUCCCACGAAUUCAUGACGCAUCGCCGACGGUUUGCCAAACUGGUGCGCAGACUGCGUAGGGCUGCGUUCACGUCACGGCGUCGCUGGCGCCGUAAAGCUUACUGAAACUAAGAGAGAUAAAGAAUGUCGUCUAUUUUGAUACCAGAGGAGACGUUUAUUUUUGUAAUGAAGACACCCAGCAGCAACGACUGACUUCCCUCCCCCUCGUGACCUGGUGAUUCUCAAUGUGAUUGAGUAUUGAUUGGGCGGAGUGAAGCGCAGGUUGUGUAUUUGUACAUACAUACAGAACGCAAAGGACCUUGAUGAGAUCAAUCUAAGCGGUCGAAAGUUUGUCCACAAACAUACAGGAUGUGAUUGUUGACGUGUCCUGAUGAGAACUCAGUCUGAGAGAACCGAAGUGUAGGCUGGAGAACCAACCCUGUGCCAAUGGAAAACCUUUUCUCCACAGUCUGAAUGGAAAUGUUUCUUUUCAGACAUUAAUAUUAAGAGCACAUCACAAAGGAUUUUAUGUCUGAAACCAAAACAAUAGAUUUAAGCCUUGCACGAUCAUAGCAUUGUUAAAAUUAAAUUGUAAUCAAUUCCCAGGAACUGCAGGUUCUGUGAAUUUAAGCAAAGCAAAUUGUGUAACUGGUCUCAAUUCAAAUUAACAGGAAAUCAAAUUGAGUUGUUGUGAUGAAAUGUCCAGGGAAACGAGGAAGAACCAGCGCUUGUGUUGGUGUUUCCAGUCCUACCAGUGAGUUUGUCUUCUCUGAGGCCUGAGGUCCAGUUCAGUCCAGUCAGAUACCGAGUAUGAAACAAACGCUUGUCAGCUGAAAGAGCUGCGACGUGGCCGAGAGUGUAUUUGCUGUAAUAUACGAAUGAUCGAUUUGUACGUCUUAUACUCGUCUUGGCUGAUUUUCAGUGAAUGAUGUUUUAAUUAAAGUCACUUCAUUUGUGUUAUAAGCUUUAUUUUGAAGGGAUUUAACUGAGUCUCACGUUAGUUUCACCUUUGCACUGUUUCAGUCUCUUAUUUUUUUAUGUGACUGCAGUUGAGCUGCCGCCGUAGUGAAAGUCAACCCUCUGAAUCCAUUUCUCUUGUUCUUCUAGUAGAGACUGAGGCUGCUGUGGCAUGUCGGUCCCACCGCUUCGUGUCUUCGUAUUGGUAGCACAUACUUUUGUUGGGUUUUUAUUUUUAUUGAAAUGCGUCUGUAGCAACAAGUAUCAAAAUCAGAAAACUCUUAUUGAACGUCAGGUCAGAGUUCUUAUUUGUUUGUGAGCUCCUCGAUCAGACCUGAUUUAAAUCGAAGCUUUAGUUAUUUUAUUCAGGCAAAGUUCUGUAUAGCUGCUUGCAUUUAGACAAAUAUUUAGCAUUAGUACCAAAAAAACACAUCGGCACCACUAUUGAAAAUUUUUCCAAUGUUGCCAAUCCUAAUAUUGUGCAUACACCAUUAAAACAGAACGUAGGCCAAUGAUAACCCUUCAAGUAUUCCUGCUCUUGCUUCUUACCUUUACGCCGUUUUAACGUUAAAGUGCUGCAAAUAUUAAGAAGGCUUUAGCAUCAUAUGAACAAUGUUGAGAUGUUUAUCGCUGCCGUCAUCAGAUAGAAGUAGAAAGAAGGAAAACUUUUCACACCUGAACAAGCAAGUUUUUUUUAUUGUUGUUGUUUUUUAUUUUGUGAAAACAUGACACAAAAUGUGACAAACGUUUCCGUCUUAGUAGUUAAAAUAGGUUUUGUAAAUCUACUCCAGAAUCAGUUCUUCAGUCAGCUAACUUGGGGCCCUCGUGUCACUGCCAGUAAUGAUGUCUGAUUGGUUCUUUGUUCUUGCGAUGCUGUUUUUCCUCCCCCUGGAUGCUGUGUUUUGAUUGGUUGCUCAGCCUCUUGUUGAUGCACUUUAAUUUUCUUUCUCUGGAAGGUUCUGGAUAAAUGUCUUCGUGUCUUUCCCUUUGCCUGUAUACUUGACUCUUCUGUUUUUACCUUCUACGCCCUCCCUUUCCAGCUCUCUCAUCUUUUCUUUAGGUUUUUGUUCUCUUAUUCUUUUUGCCUUACUUCACCUUACUUUACUUGCUUUCUUCGUUUCUCUUUUCUCAAGAUUUCUAUGUUGAAAAUCCGUGUGAUGUGAAGGAUGUUUGCUGGUCCACAUUCAACUACAAACCGUUUGUACAGGGCAACUGCCAUAUAUUUUGCCAUAUAUUGUAAUUUGUGUUGUAAUUUCUGACCUGUCUCCUGAAGCAGGUAAAUCCACGUAAUCCCAUUGGGAUUAUACAUUUUAAUCUCCACACAGCCUGCUUGAAGGUGGAUAUAAAUACAUUUCGGGAGUUUAAUCAGGAGGAUUAAGUUAUCAUGUACUCACUGCUGUGGAGGAGGGCAUUAACGGCACAGAGAAGAAAGUGAACGAGAAUAAAAACGACCUUUUCAGAUCCUUCCAGAGAGACGAUCCGAUGUGUUUGUAGCCACGUUAGCCGCUCUGCUACCGUAACAACAGGGUGUGAAAUGGUGUCGUGUGUGUUUCUACAAUAUUGUUUUACAGAACAUACGUUUGUGUGGUUGUUCUGUGCACGCAAACACAAAAAUACAUACACACGUGUAAAUACAAGGCGGUAUGACGCCAUGUUGUUUCUGUGUUUCAGUUGUUGCACGUGUUCUGAUUCAGGACAAAAUUUAAAUAAAAUUUUAUUGCAAGCUC